GAACCUCUGUCUUGGUGCCCGAUUACGUGUAUUCGCGAGCAUGAAAUGCUUUGUUGCAUUUUCCGCCUUCUACGCACUGACUAUGACCUGGGCAACAAGUGAUGCUGCUUUGAGCUGUGCAAAUUUCCUGGAGACCGUGGAGACUGAGGAGAACACCCUGAUUCAGAAGCAGCUCGGUGAAGAGCUAUUGGGGAACAGCCUUGCCUCCGAGCAAGACCCUUCCCGCCAAUCUCGCAGGCAAGACCGUCGUGACCGUCGGCUCCAGCGUCGGCUCAAUCGUCGUGGCUUCACGACCACCACGACCACCACGUCCACCACGACCACCACGACCACCACGACCACGACGACCACGACCACGACCACCACGACCACGACCACGACCACGACCACCACGACCACGACCACGACCACCACACCACCACCACACCACCACACCACCACCACCACCACACCACCACCACCACCACCCCACCCCACCUACACACCACGACCACGACUACGACCACGACUACGACCACGACUACGACCACGACCACGACCACGACUACGACCACGACUACGACCACGACCACCACAACCACCACUACGACCACCACGACCACCACGACCACCACAACCACCACUACGACCACCACGACCACCACAACCACCACUACGACCACCACGACCACCACUACGACACCAGGCAGAGAGCGUGCGAAUGGUGUUGGGUGUUGGAAAAACGUUAGCCAUUAGAAGUGUUCGAGCUAUUUUGGGGCUUGUGCCACAGAACUGUUGCUGCGUUUUUACCAACAAGGCAGCCACACCAUUCUUAGCUACAUUAAGACUAUCGGCCCUGAUGGCCCAGUCGGUCCAUCUACAAAGCAUUACGCUACGAAUCAACAAUUAUUAUGUUGUGAAGCAUUGGUCAAGCAGGGCUGACUCACCCUGCUUGCGAAAAUAUUGGGGCGCACCAUGCCGUAUUAUGAUGUAA